UGGAGAAGAGAAACCUUAAGAUGGCAGGCAAAGGAAGUAACACAGACUGCACGUCAUGCAGCGUACUGAACUGGGAGCAGGUGAGCCGUCUGCAUGAGGUUCUUACAGAGGUAGUUCCAAUCCAUGGACGAGGUAACUUCCCAACGCUGAAGAUUACUCUGAAGGACAUUGUUCAGACUGUUCGGAGUAGGCUGACUGAAGCAGGCAUUGUGGUACAUGAUGUCCGUCUGAAUGGCUCUGCAGCUGGUCAUGUCCUGGUCAAGGAUAACGGGUUGGGAUGCAAAGACCUGGAUCUCAUUUUUCAAGUUUCUCUUCCAAGUGAGGCAGAGUUUCAGUUAGUUCGAGAUGUGGUGUUGCGAUCCCUCUUGAAUUUCUUGCCAGAAGGAGUAAGCAAGCUAAAAAUCAGUCCAGUAACACUGAAGGAAGCCUACAUCCAGAAGCUAGUCAAAGUGUACACAGAGUCUGACCGUUGGAGCUUGAUAUCACUUUCCAACAAACAUGGCAGGAAUGUGGAGCUGAAGUUUGUAGACUGCAUACGACGGCAGUUUGAGUUCAGUGUGGACUCCUUCCAAAUCAUACUGGACUCCCUACUCUUUUACUAUGACUACUCGGAAACCCCCAUGUCAGAGCACUUCCAUCCAACUGUGAUUGGGGAGAGCAUGUAUGGAGAUUUUGAAGCAGCUUUUGAUCACCUCCAGAACAAACUGAUAGCUACCAAAAAUCCUGAAGAGAUCCGAGGUGGUGGCCUUCUGAAGUAUAGUAACCUCUUAGUACGAGAUUUCAGGCCCAUGGAUAAGGAUGAGAUCAAAACAUUAGAGCGCUACAUGUGCUCCCGGUUCUUCAUAGACUUUCCAGACAUCCUGGAUCAGCAGCGCAAACUAGAAACCUACCUCCAGAACCACUUCUCCAAAGAAGAGAGGAGCAAGUAUGACUACCUCAUGAUUCUGCGCAGGGUGGUGAAUGAGAGCACAGUCUGUCUCAUGGGACACGAGCGAAGGCAGACUCUCAACUUGAUUUCUCUGCUGGCACUCAAAGUGCUAGCGGAACAAAACAUCAUCCCUAAUGCCACUAAUGUUACCUGUUACUACCAGCCAGCACCUUAUGUUAGUGAUGUAAACUUCAGCAACUACUAUCUUGCAAAUGCUCCUGUGCCAUACAGCCAGUCCUACCCCACCUGGUUGCCUUGCAAUUGAUUGCUUCACUUGAGUGUUCUUGAAUGGAGGCUACUGAAGGCCAAGAUGCUGUGUAUAUAGACAAGUAAUAACUGUCAGUUGGAGAUUUUUCUAAUAGAAACAUGACUGCAUUGGAUUGUCCAUUUCCUGGUGUGCGGUAGGAAUAUGCAGCCAGGUGACCUGCUAUGGACCUUUCCAUAUAUCUCUACAAAUGCCAAGAAGCCUUAUUACCUCUUCAUUAGGAGAAGAGAACCAGCAGUCAAAUGUUAGGAGAAGUAGCUACAAAACUGUACUAGUUCUGGAAGUGGCUAUUAACAUGUGAUCUAAGUGGA